AUGCAAACGGCCCUACAGCGGAAGCCGUUAUCAGGAGCAUCUAAUGGGCUCUGCAGGGCUGAGACCAAGGCCCCAGGCAGUUCAGGCUCUCCUGCUUCUCGGCAGCAGCCUGCACUUGGCAUGGGCCCUGCCACCCACAUCCUUGGACAGCCUCCACUGGAACCCACAGAUCAUCUGGAGCAGAAACAGCUGGAAGAACAGCUGUCUUCCCUAGGCUGGAAUGUCCCUGCCUCCCUCUCCAGCUGGCAAGACGAACCUGGCCAAGACAACCUCUUGCCGUCCCUGUGGGAUGAGCUUUGGCCCUCCACAGGCAGGCAGGACCCCAAGCUUACCGUCUCCCUUCUCACCCUCUCCAGCCUGACAGGGCGUGAUGUCCUGACACCCUUCCCGGGCCUGGGCACAGCCGCAGCCCCGGCCCAGGCUGGUGCCCACCUGAAGCAGUGUGACCUGCUGAAGCUGUCCCGGAGGCAGAAGCAGCUCUGCAGGAGGGAGCCUGGCCUGGCUGAGACCCUGAGGGACGCGGCACACCUGGGGCUGCUGGAAUGCCAGUUCCAGUUCAGGCAGGAACGCUGGAAUUGCAGCCUGGAGGGGAGGACCGGCCUGCUCCAGAGAGGCUUCAAGGAGACAGCCUUCCUGUAUGCGGUGUCUGCAGCUGCCCUCACGCAUGCGCUGGCCCGGGCCUGCAGUGCGGGGCGCAUGGAGCGUUGCACCUGCGAUGAUUCCCCAGGCCUGGAGAGCCGGCAGGCCUGGCAGUGGGGGGUGUGUGGUGACAAUCUGAAGUACAGCACCAAGUUCCUAAGCAACUUCCUGGGGCCCAAGAGAGGAAGCAAGGACCUGCGAGCCCGAGCCGACGCCCACAACACCCACGUGGGCAUCAAGGCUGUGAAGAGUGGUCUGAGAACUACCUGCAAGUGCCACGGCGUGUCAGGCUCCUGUGCCGUGCGUACCUGUUGGAAACAGCUGUCCCCGUUUCGUGAGACCGGCCAGGUGCUGAAGCUACGCUACGACACCGCCGUCAAGGUAUCCAGUGCCACCAAUGAGGCUUUGGGCCGUCUGGAGCUAUGGGCGCCUGCUAAGCCAGGUGGGCCCGCUAAGGGCCUGGCACCUCGCCCCGGGGACCUGGUCUACAUGGAAGACUCUCCCAGCUUCUGCCGGCCCAGCAAGUACUCCCCAGGCACGGCGGGCAGGGUGUGUUCUCGGGACGCAAGCUGCAGCAGCCUCUGCUGCGGGCGAGGCUACGACACCCAGAGCCGCAUGGUGGCUUUCUCCUGCCACUGCCAGGUGCAGUGGUGCUGCUAUGUGGAGUGCCAGCAGUGCGCGCAGCAGGAGCUUGUGUACACCUGCAAGCGCUAGGCCUCCGCCAGCUGAGACGGUGGUACUGCGUGGUACUGCCAUGCCGGGGCUCUCACCGCCCACGACUCCGGCAAGCACUUCCCUGCCGAUGUACAGGCCACGCCACGCACGAAGGUGUGCCACUCAGUUCUCUUCCCCAGCGGAUCGUUGGCCCGCCUUCUGCCUUCCUCCCCAUCCAGCAGAGAGAAACAAAGCCCUGCCUCUGAGUCCCAGGAUCACCAAUCUGGCUGAGGACGUGGGGCAGCAAACAGACUGAGGAAAAGAGAGGGAAAUACAUGAGGAUCAGGGUAGGGCAGGAGCGAUACUGUGCCGGAAGAGAGAAAGAAACACCUUCCUGUCUCAAGGCCAACAAAAGCUGGGAGGAUACGGAAGAGGAAGGCAGAACCAGCUAGAGUGUGUGUGUGUGUGUGCGCUCGUGCGUGCGUGCUUGUGUGUGUGUAGCAUCCAACUGAGCAUGGCCAAUUUGUGUGGCUCCACUCUGAUGGCAGAGAGCUCUGGGCACCACAUGCCUGUCCUGCUUUUGGUGGGGGGCACUUGGCGCACUGGAGACUGUUCAGAAUGUUUAUUGGGAGCAAGGAGAACUUUUUAGGCGUGGGUGGAUCAGGUCACAGAGCCCAUGCCCUGAAGUCUUGUGUCCUGGUACUCAAGGCUGCCUCUUUGUCUCCUUCUCUUGAGAGCGGAGUCCGUCGUCCCCCCCCCCAGCCACUCAGCUCUGCUCAGUGAGACCCCUAAUGUACAUAAGAAGGGUGCAGGAGCUGGUCUUCACGUGGGACUCUGAUAAUGCAAAUAGGGUUGAGUGGGGGAGACAGGGGCCCUUUCUCUUUUCCUUGGUGGCCAAAGAACCUUUAAUUACAGCCCAGAGGAGGAGAGGCAGUGUCCUGAUGCCUGGAAGAGAUAUGGUAUUGAAACAUCACUCUGGAGUGUGUUCUGCCAAUUCCUUGUGACCAGGUCUCCCUGGGCUGCGAGGCCCCCAUACGUGUUAGUAACACAGAAUGGUUGACGCAUGAGCCACAUGUCUGCUUACUUCCCAGCUCUCUGGAUGCUUAUGCAGGCUUUUGCCCUGGCUAAGUCUUUGCUAAGCCUGUCUCCUCAGUGAUCCUGUUCCUUUACUAGUGGCCCCUUCACUUGGGCUCCUACCAGAGGAAUAGAAUGACUGCUGAUGGAUCAAGUGGCCAUUUUUAAUGUCCCCACCGAGGCCCCCUGUGAAAGAAAGAAAUCAGUGCACAGGUACAGGCUUAUACAGAUGUGCACACACACAGCCUGGCCAGGCACAGGCUCCCCGUGAAGCCUCGCACAUCUCUCCAGCCCAGGACAAAAACCUCACUGGGGUCACUCUGCUGGAGGCUGUAUGCUUCCCCAGAGCAGGGCCCAAGACCAGCCAGGAGGAAGUGACCUCUUUUGGGAAGCCUGUGGCCACUUGGCUGGCUGUGCUGAGUCCUCCUAUAAGCUUCCUUCUGUUCUGGACCCUGUCGGGGUUACUAUCCCUCUACGGGAACAGGAAGCUUCGGAAUCAGUGGAUGCUCAGCGGACAUCACCCACACCAGCUCCAGGAAGGAGGCUGUACGGCCCAGAGGGGGCCACCCUAUCUUCGGUGGCUCAGGCCAGCGUGAGGAUGCUGGAAGGAUCUUUGAUGGCAGAAGCUCCAAGGAGGAGCCACAGUGACCUGAGAGCCUUCCCUGGAAUGACUUUGCUGACUAACUAAAGAAGCCUGCCCACAGCUUGGCACGAGGGGAAACAGACUGAAGGUUGGCUUUCUACUUCCCUGCUGAAGGCUGACUUGUUCCUUGGUAACCUGAGGCAUCCUUCUCUCCUGUGGCCCCUACUCCUGCUCUCCCUGGAGGCUACACAGGCAAGAAGGGAUCCCGCAGCACUUUGGGGACUAGAACCCUCUGACCCACAACCAUACCACCUAGUUAGGAGGGCUGGGGGUGCAGAAGGGUCAAAGUUGGACUUGAAGCCUAGGCUGUGGCUGGCCAUUAACCCUGGUGCCCCAGGGCACGCUCAGUCUGGCCCUCUCCCUCUUUUCUUUCUCCAAGGCCCAUCUCUUCCUAUUCCCCCUAAAACCCACCGCAGUCCUGCUGGGGCCCCUCAGACUAGAACUUUAAGGGAGAUGUUCACAGGGUAUUUCUGCCUACCUCAUACAUAUAGUUUUUAGAAAAUAAUUUAUAUAGCUAAGAUAUAUGGGAAAGUAUUUAUGUUAUUUAUAUAGCUUUUCUGUUUCUUGGGCACCAUUAUGUGGGGUUCAUGUGUUUACCCAGAAGCCUCUGGGGAAACACAGCUGAGUCUGCCAGGGGCGUCAAGGAGCUGGAUACCAGGUAGAUGAGGGAGGUCACAGCUCCUGUGUCUCAUGGAAGUCCAUCCUGGAGCUCUGGAGCACACAUCCCUCCUGAAAUGACCCCGUGAGACUGAGCAGAAUCUUUCUUGUGAAAGAUUCUCUGCCUCUGGGCCCCAGGGGCAUUUCUGUUCUGUCCGAAGGGUUUUUCUCCUAAAGGACAAAAAGGAUGGGCACUUUCCAUUUUUACAAACACUUUUCCCUGCUUUCCCUUGAUUUUCCCAUUUUCCCUGUGUGGUUAGGUUAGGUGAGGCCAAACUACUGUACCCAUUUUCCAGUUUUGGCCCAGAGACAGAGGCCUGUGCUCAAAGUCACACAGGAGAAGAGUGAGGGGAUACCGACUUGAACAUGUCCCAGGAAUGGGGGGAGUGGACCAACUCUAAACCUGAGAGCCAAGUCAUCGCUCUCACUCCGAACCUAGAAACUAAGCGAGGUCCUUGCUGUGUGUGACCCUGGCCUUCCCCUUGGAUGGCACGCUAGUUUCUCCAGCAAGCAGAGUCUCAGGUCUCAGAACUGGGACUUCCUGAGAAGCCUGGAGAGACAACGACUCCAUGGAGGUCACUCUUGGGAGUCCUGCAGCCCACCUCACCCAAGAUGACCAGGCUGUAGCACCCAGCCCAUGGGUGAGUUUUGUUUGCCUUCUUUUGUGUUUUUGCCUUUUAAAGAUGAAUUGUUUCCCACUGGAUUUUGAAUUUUUUCUUUGAAAAUCAGUUGCACUGGCAAAUGGGACUUAUACCCUGACCUGGCUGCAGUGGGAGCCACACCAGACAGAAUGCAUGGGGAUCCCCAACUGGCCCAGCGUCUACUGCCCUUUCUCAAGUCAUAUAUGCUCCCAUCUGGCUUCCAUGGGCAUGCAGAGCAUGGCCCCUGGCCUAGACAAAGUCGGCUGUUCCGGCACCCUCGGCUGUCUAACAGGCGGAUGACCGCAGACUGUGCCAGCCCUGAAGAUCACGUCUUGUUCUCCAGUGUCCUCUCUCAACGACCAUGAACUUCCAGUGCUUUCUGUCUGAGCACACAGGAGAACCGCUACAGAAGCCCAUCUUUGUCAAGUGCUGCCACACAUCCAUCUCACCUCCCAGUGGUUACUUAGGGAGCUCCUAAUGAAUGCCAGGGAGACACUCUGGGUGGAAGGAUGCCGCAGUGCUUAAGAGCAAAUCCCAGCCUCAUGGGGCUGACGUGCCGGAGAGCAGAAAGCUAGCAAACCAAUAAACUAUGCACUGGUUA